GGCCUUGGGCCUGGGAAGGAGGGGCUGAGAAUUGGAAAAUCUGGAUGAAGGGAUGAAUUGGAGGUGGGAGGACAGGGUGCGAUAGAAAGAGCACUGUUUUAAGAGUCAGAAGGAGCUACAUUCCUUCAACAAAUAAAGGAAAAGCAUUGGGAUCAAGUGCAAAGAUCCUGAGGUGGGAACCAGCUUGCCAUUUUUAGGGAAUAGACUGAAGGCCAGAGGCUAGAGCAGAGUGAAUGAGAGAGUGGUAGGAGGUGAAAUUGUGAAGGGUAGGAUUUCAAGAUGGCUUUCAAGAGGUGUUCACAACAUAGUAGACUUCCUCUUCAAAUUCCUGGUGAUUGGCAGCGCAGGAACUGGAAAAUCAUGUCUCCUUCAUCAGUUCAUUGAGAAUAAGUGUGAGUUUCUGGGAAUGGUCCCCGGAUCACUGAACUGUGGGCAUGGGCAUGGUGUGGGCAGGGGCAGGGCUGGCCAGAGGUACAGUUCCAGUGCUGGCUGCCUGGUCCUUGCCUUGGUAUGUAUUCUUUGCUAGACCCUCCCUGAGCCUCAGUCACCCCUGCAAUGAGAAUGGUUUUGUACAGGCUGAGGAGGCCUUGGAGGACAGGGAAUCUUCUGAGCCCCUGCACUGCCUCUUCUCUCCCUCCCACUCCCAGUCAAACAGGACUCCAACCACACAAUCGGCGUGGAGUUUGGAUCUCGCGUGGUCAACGUGGGUGGAAAGACUGUGAAGCUACAGAUUUGGGACACAGCCGGCCAGGAGCGGUUUCGAGGGGGGCAGUCUCAGGGCAGACCCCAGCCUCGGGGGUGACUGGGUCCCCCUGGCCCCACAGGUCGGUGACACGGAGUUAUUACCGAGGUGCGGCUGGAGCUCUGCUGGUGUAUGACAUCACCAGCCGGGAGACCUACAACUCACUGGCUGCCUGGCUGACGGAUGCCCGCACGCUGGCCAGCCCCAACAUCGUGGUCAUCCUCUGUGGCAACAAAAAGGACCUGGACCCGGAGCGUGAGGUCACUUUCCUGGAGGCCUCCCGCUUUGCCCAGGAGAACGAGCUAAUGUUCCUGGAGACUAGUGCCCUCACGGGUGAGAACGUGGAGGAGGCUUUCCUGAAGUGUGCCCGCACCAUCCUGAACAAGAUCGACUCAGGUGAGCUCGACCCCGAGAGGAUGGGCUCAGGCAUUCAGUAUGGGGACGCAUCCCUCCGCCAGCUGCGGCAGCCUCGGAGUGCCCAGGCCGUGGCCCCUCAGCCCUGUGGCUGCUGAGACGUCCGGAGCCAGCUCACCUGUUCUCCAGGACCAGCCCUGCCCUCUGGCUGGGGCCUAGCCCCAGGCCCUGGGAGGCAGAGCCCCUCACCUGUCCUGGCCCCAGAGAAGCUGCCCCGCCACCUAUCCCCCUUCCCUGGCCUGGUGGGGCCUGGCUGAGGGGCAAGACUGAGCCACGGGGGAAGGGGGAAUCUGUACCUGCUGCUGCUUCCUCUGUCUUGGCUAACCCCUGUCCCCCCUGAAACCCUAACCAUACUCUAAGAGUUCCCAAAGCCUGAGACCAGGGCAAUUGGCCCCAGCUCCCCGCCUGGCCCUGCCAUUGCGAGUAUGUGUUAUUUAUUGCCUGGAGGCCUGUUCAGUCCCUACUCCACCUCCAUAAAGCAUUGUUUACACCUG